AUGGAUUUUCCAAAUAUGUCCUGGUAUGAUGGCGGCUAUGACAACAAAACCCUCAAUGGAUCCAGCCCAAGAGAGAAGCCUCACCAGUACAAUUACUACGCCAUGCUUCUCACGCUCCUCAUCUUCGUCAUCGUUUUUGGCAACGUGCUGGUGUGCAUGGCUGUGUCACGGGAGAAGGCCCUCCAGACAACCACCAACUACCUGAUCGUUAGUCUUGCUGUGGCAGACCUUCUCGUGGCUACACUGGUGAUGCCGUGGGUAGUCUAUUUGGAGGUGGUCGGCGAGUGGCGAUUCAGCCACAUCCACUGUGACAUCUUCGUUACCCUGGAUGUUAUGAUGUGUACAGCGAGCAUCCUCAAUCUUUGUGCUAUCAGCAUUGACAGGUAUACCGCCGUGGCAAUGCCAAUGCUUUAUAAUACUCGCUACAGCUCUAAGCGCAGAGUCACUGUCAUGAUAGCUGUGGUCUGGGUCCUCUCUUUUGCCAUCUCCUGUCCUUUGCUUUUUGGACUGAAUAAUCCAGAGAAAAAUGAGUGUAUCAUUGCGAACCCUGCCUUUGUUGUGUAUUCCUCUAUCGUCUCCUUCUACGUUCCCUUCAUUGUCACCCUGCUGGUGUACGUGCAGAUAUACAUAGUGUUGCGGAAACGCAGGAAGCGGGUCAACACCAAACGCAUCGCCACCCACGCGGGCCUGGACUCUGACACGCAGGCCCCACUGAAGGACAAAUGCACUCAUCCAGAAGAUGUCAGGCUCUGCACGCUCAUCAUGAAGACCAAUGGGAACUUCCCUGUUCAUAAACGGAAAGUGGAGGCCGUGAGUCACAUAGAAGAGAUGGAGAUGGCCACCAGCACCAGCCCACCAGAGAAGAGACUACACAAGCCAUCAGUGCCAAGUAACAACGAACUGGCUGUUCCAGCAGCUUCCAACCAGUGUGCCAAUUCAACUCCGCCUCCUCCUGUGGACAGCCUGCUAAAAGUAGAGAAGAACGGGCAUACUGCGGACAACCCCCAAACAGCCAAGGUCUUUGAAAUCCAGACAAUGCCCAAUGGCAAGACAAGGACCUCACUCAAGACAAUGAGUAGGAGGAAGUUUUCACAGCAGAAGGAAAAGAAAGCCACUCAAAUGCUUGCCAUUGUGCUUGGUGUCUUUAUCAUCUGUUGGCUCCCCUUCUUCAUCACCCACAUCCUGAACAUGCACUGCCACUGUGAAAUCCCCCCAUUGAUGUACAAUGCCUUCACAUGGCUUGGAUAUGUCAACAGUGCUGUCAACCCCAUUAUCUACACCACCUUCAAUAUUGAGUUCCGGAAGGCCUUCAUAAAAAUCCUGCACUGCUAACUUGAGGACCGGAUGCAUGAAGACCACUGUCCUAUUGGGGGCCAUGGAAAGAACUUGUGUUGUAUCUGGAUAAACACACACAGUGUUAAGAGUGCCAUGUCUACAUGUUUUUUACAGCUAGGAUGCAACAGAAGUCACAGUUGAGGUGUUCUCUCUCACACGCGGAUAUUUAGACUCUGUGGGACUGUCGCAAAAGAGAUCAUUUCAAAUGCAUCCUUUGCACUAUGCUAAAAAGGAAAGAACAAAAGAACUAGGAAAAGCACCCACAAUUACACCUGCUUGUGGUCAAAAAGAUCUCCAGUGCAUUUAAUCACAAAUUUUAGCUGAGCCCAAC